AUGAUAGACAUCAGAGAGAAGGUUGUGUCAGCCUUUGAUAUCAGGAAUCUUUGGAAGAGUAACCAGGAAGGAUAUGAAGAAGAGACCGAAGAACUUGGUGAAGAUGGCCAGUUUGUGAACCAAUUAGAUAAGAAUAAGAAGCAGCUUGGUAUAAUAUCGAGUAUUUUUCUGAUCAGUAACCGUAUGCUUGGUACUGGUGUUUUUGCUACAUCUUCAGAGAUCUACACAUUAUGUGGGUCUGUAGGUCUAGCGCUGAUCAUGUGGGUGAUUGGUGGGAUUAUCUCAUUAGCGGGCCUUUAUGUGUAUAUGGAAUAUGGUACGGCAAUUCCUAAAAAUGGUGGUGAAAAGAACUAUUUGGAGUUUAUCUUUAAAAAACCAAGAUUCUUGGUUACCAGCAUGUAUGCGGCAUACGUUUUCUUUCUAGGUUGGGCCGCUGGUAAUUCGAUCAAUACUGCCGUCAUGUUUCUAACUGCCGGUGAUGCAAAGAUUACCGAAUGGAACCAAAGAGGUAUCGGUGUUGCUGUCAUUUUCUUUGCCUUUGCGGUUAAUUUUAUAAAUGUUAAAGUGGGACUUUAUUUACAAAACAUUUUGGGUGUUAUUAAAGUUGGUAUUGUGAUUUUCAUUGCAGUCAGUGGUUGGGUUGCGUUGGCAGGUGGUACUAACCAUGGUCAUCAUACGAAUAAUCUAAAAAAUGCAUUUGAAGGUACUGAGAAUGCCUCUGCAUAUGGUGUUGUCAAUGCUCUUUACAACGUGAUCUGGUCAUUUGUCGGCUAUUCAAAUGUCAACUACGCUCUUGGUGAAGUUAAGAACCCGGUAAGAACUUUGAAGAUUGCAGGUCCCGUAUCCUUAAUUACAAUUGCCAUUCUUUACAUCUUCGUCAACAUUUCUUAUUUUGCAGUGGUCCCCAAAGAAAAAUUGAUCUCUUCUAAACUGGUGUUAGCGGCAGAUUAUUUUGAUAUUAUUUUCCAUGGUAAAGGUAGAGAGGUUGCCGCCGCAUUCGUGGGAUUGAGUGCUUUAGGUAACGUUCUAUCUGUUAUUUUUUCACAGGGUAGAAUUAUCCAACAGUUGGGUAGAGAAGGUAUAUUACCUUUCCCCAAUCUAUUUGCAUCUUCAAAACCAUUCAAUACACCAAUGGUUGGUCUAUUUCAACAUUUUCUUGUUUGUAUGGUGACCAUUCUUGCUCCACCACCAGGUGAUGCUUACAAUUUUGUCCUAAAUUUGAUUUCCUAUCCAAUGAACAUUAUCAAUUUCGUUAUUUCAACCGGUUUGAUUUGGAUCCACUGGCAGGCAAAGCAAGGUAAGUUGGAAUGGAACCCACCAAUUAAGGCAGGUGUCUGGAUCGCAGGCUUCUUCUCCCUAGCGAAUGCAUACUUAAUCGUCGCACCUUAUGUCCCACCAACUAAUGGACAAUCCGUUUACAACAGUUUGCCAUAUUGGAUUCACUGUGUGGUUGCAUGGGCAAUCUUUGCGUUUGGUGGAUGUUACUGGCUCCUAUUCGCCAGAGUACUACCAAAACUUGGUCAUUACUCCCUCGACAUCAAGGAAGAACUGGGCGAUGAUGGAUUCUGGAGAACGAAGAUCAUCAAAUCUUAUGACGACAAGCCAUUCUCCGAUGAUGAUUUGGAUGCCACCACUAAUACUAGUAACAGUGAGCAAGUAAUAGAAACGUUGGACGACAUCAACUCAAAAGAAGGGUUCAAAGCCACUCAAACACAAUUCGUACGAGACUCUUUUUGA